GUGCGAGAACACCGCUGACGCCAGUGAAACAUAGAGCGACUGGUAGUGGUGUAGGUUUGCCAUUUGGUUUCUCUACGCCUAUGAAGCAGCCGUCUACACCUACUGGUCAUAGUCCUGCCUAUCUUACAUCACGGAGACACUCAGUAUAUGGUACAGAAACGAAGAUCGUUAUAGACCCAGGCUCAAAAGUUAUAAAAGUUGGUUUCAGUGGGGAAGCGUCUCCACGGGAAUGCAUAAUGAUAAGAGAAAUACUAUGGGAUUUGGAUGGUAUACAGGACGAACUGGGUGUCCUAGAUAUAUUUAGGGAUAUCUAUUUUGAACAGUUACAAACUGAUCCAAAACAACGGAGGGUUAUCAUUGCAGAGAAUCCAUUACUGAGUUCACCCGUUAAGUUCGCGAUAAUGAGUGUUCUGUUCUCAAAUCUUCAAGUUCCCUCGGUUUCAUUCACGCCUUCGCCUUUGUUGUCUUUGAUUUCUGCGGGCAGGACAACCGGUUUGGUAGUCGACAUUGGAUACCUUCAGACUGUCGUAUCCCCAGUUUACGCUUCGAGGCCGUUAGAUCCUCAUAUUAUGACAACGUCUUUCGGUGGAAAGUACCUUAGUGAUAGACUAAGAGAGCUCAUCGUUGAAUAUGCUACUUAUUAUCCGCCAUUCACGACUCAGCAGCUUUCCACAGCGACUUCUCAACCUCCACCAAGUACUAUACCCCAAGACGCAAUAACCGAUGCAUGGAUUGAGGACGUGAAGUGUAAAGCACUCUUCGCUGAACCUCUGCUGAGGAAGCGCGAGGAUGAUGAUGAAGUUAUGUCGGAAUCAGACGAUGAUGCUAGUCAAAUAUCUGUUAAAUUGCAAACAAAUAACGGUCGUGGUGUCGUUUUUAUACCCGGUUGGAUCAGAACCAAGGUUGUAGAAGACUUAUUUGAUAGUAAAGAGGACAUCGAUCAGCCUAGUAUACCAGAAUGCAUCGUUAAAUGUCUUCAAAAGUUACCUAUAGAUACAAGGAGGGAUUUAGCCGCUAAUUGUCUCGUUGUUGGUGGAACAGCCUCUAUGGUUGGGUUCCGAACGAGAUUGAAGAAUGAAAUACGAGAGUUGCUGACGCGCAGUUCGGAAACUAAGAAGAGUCUGAUGGAUUUGAGUGGUUUAAGUGCUUCUUUCGAGGUACUCAAUGAUCCUAUACCUAGCCAAGCAUCUCAACCCACCGACGAAACAACUAAUCGGCGCAAAUCUAAUAAAGUUAACAUGAAGGCACCCGCGUGGAACCCAUCUUGUUAUGCCUGGGUGGGCGCGAGUCUUUCAGGUUCUGUUAAACUAUCAGCUCCAGAAAUACAGAGGAAUGAAUUUGAGGAGAGUAUAGAAGAUAAGGAAAUAAAUUAAUACACAACAUUUCUGGCAUUUUAUACACUUGCAUCGUCACUGGCUGACCCCUCUGAUGCGUUGUCUGGUUUCUGGUUAUGGCUAGGUGAACUGCCGAUCAUAUUUAACAGGAAAUCUGAUUCGUAGGGCAAAUAGGCCGCAUUUGCUGGAUUAGUUUGCUGUUCAUUGUACUAAUAAUGACAUGAGUAACUCAAUAUUCCGGAGUAUAAUAUACUCACAUUUAAAGGUUGCUGGAAGUGUCCUUCGGAUACCUCAUCUUGAUCAACUUCCUGGAGAUCAUUUACUGGUGCUUCAUCAUCAGCAUACGUUUGGUGCUGGAUGUUGCCAGAUUCUACUGCGUUAUUCUUUCCUUUCUUUUUGCUCUCGUCGCUCCUUGGUACGAUGUCGAUCAGAAAAUCGAACUGAUCUGAUAACUCGACGGCACCAGAUACAUCGGAUUUCUGAAGCGUUCGACGUUUAUUUGACUCUGCAACGAGCCAGGAUCUGCAUGUUAG